AUGGAAGACAGCAUGGCCAUAGUCACACCCUGGAUGAAGCACAAUGCUCCCAGGAUUGAUCCAGCGUGGGCAUUCGCAGAAGCGCAGCGCAAGAGGGAGAACAACAUUCCUGAUCCUCCACAACAUGUUCAAGAUCGAAAGAAUAGAUUCAAGUCUGCCAUGAGAGAGUUGUUCCGGACUACUUCAGAUAUCCAGGCCAAAGAUAUCUUCGAACAUACCCAUACAUGGGAGGAGGUUCGCGCAGAGGCCCAAAAAGCGCUGGAUUUACGGUAUAAACCCAGCGGAAAGAAAAACUUCUUUCGGAGAUCAAUACGAAGCAUGGGAGAAACUGCUUCCCGAUUGGAAUUUCUUACUGUGCUGGUCCCCAGUGGAGACUAUAUGGGCGUUCUAUGUGGAGGGCUCAAGCUGGUUUACAAUGCAGCAAAUCGUUUGAAUACCGUCCGCGACAUUAUUCUAGGAUCUCUGGAGACUUUGUCUCGGCCAAUUGAGGAUGCCUCACCCUACCUGUAUGCCUACUCCUGGAGCGAGACGCUUUUGGAGAAAGCUAAUGACCUUUACAUUUGCAUCUUGGAUGCGGUCGAGGCAAUUAUGAAGUGGAUCUCUAAGAAAAGGAGCGCCUUUCGAGGUAUGCUGAAAACAGCGAAGGCGAUCGUUCAGCAAGAUGACUAUGGAGCCCAACUCGAAGCUACGAUCGGUGCCAGUGUCGACGAGAAGGCAAAGGCUUUUGAAACAGCCGUCAAGUCCUGCUUGAGCAUCGAAGUUCAUGAUAUGGGCCAAAAUGUGGUAUGGAUCGGCCAAGGGCAGGAUGCAAUAAGAGGGGAUCUGAAGCACCUGAUCCAAGCUGCAGCAUCUUGGGAGAGAUGUGAGGCCAUUCUACGGGGUUACAUGGAACAGAUACAAUCAAUACUUGCAUACCAUGCCGCGAUGGCUUCUCAGGCCACUCAGGCAUGCAUCACGAUUGAGCAGCUCCUCACUGCUCUCCAUUCGGCGGAACCCUUCCCUAGUGCUGACAUUAUACACCGGACGGUCGGAACCAUCACUAAUGAGAGACGGAGGCUACUGAUCUCAGCGAGUCUGCUAGGCGUUGAUGCCGAAGACCAGGUGACAGGCGUUCUGCAGGAUUCCCGAUUUUGCAACUGGCUGCAAAGAAUGUAUUCUCAAGUCCUUGUGGUCUCCAAUGUGGAGCAGGAUAUUCUGCAAGAAAGCCCCAUCUCACCGCUAACCUACAUGUGUUCGGUAUUAUUGAAAUCUCUCACCCCAUCUGAACCAGUGAUACCAAUCGCCUUCUUCUGCCGGCAACACUGCAGCACGCAAGGUGGCCUGGCUGGAGUCACGGAGAUGUUGAGAUCUCUUAUUGAGCAAUUGACUCUCGCUCUCAACGAGUCUAUGCGCCUAGAUCUCAGCUUUUUGCUAGAGGAUGAUCUGGACGCCAUCGCGAAGCAAGAUGUGAUGUUCCUUUGCCGCCUAUUUGCCGAAGUGGUCAAACGUAUCCCAAGCGGGGUGGUCAUAUGCAUCAUUGACGGUAUCGACUUUUUUAGCAACCAGAUUCAUCUACCAUGGCUGAAUGUGAUUAUGCGGUCUUUCAAUGAUCUCAUGGGGUCUGUCACUGGGAGCCUGGUGUUCAAAAUAUUGCUUACCAGCCAUCGAGGAGCCAGUCUUGCCUCACAGUGGUUUCCCUGUCGGGUGGAAUUACCCAUGCACAGGAAUGAGAUGUUAAAUGGUAUUGGAGUUAUUAUGAGGGAGAUGCAGUCAAUCUUCUAG